CAGCCACAGAGCAUGGAGUACACUCGCUAGCACGGCUUAGUAGGGACUGGCUCGGUUUUCGUCACUCACUGCAGCCCUCCUCUCUAGACUCUCCAGCCCGAAACCUUGACUCCACGCAACGAGGUGCAUUCCACCGCGUCGGAUUAAUACCCGCAUUUCGAGCGUCGAGCUGUGUUUAACGGAACAACAAAGGCGAAAUGGGCUUCUUGGGGAUAUACCGGGCCAUCUACGACUACACUCCCAAGGAGGAUGCCGAGCUCGCCAUCACGACCGGCGACUUGCUGUACAUCCUCGAGCAGAACGACGACGAUGGCUGGUGGAAAGCCAAGAAGAAGGCCGGCACAGACGACGAAGAUGAGCCCACCGGCUUGGUCCCAAACAACUACGUUGAGAAGGCAGCGACAGUAGGCCACGCGCGUGCCAUCUACGAAUAUACCCGCCAAACCGAUGAGGAGCUCUCCUUCCCCGAAGAUGCCGUGUUAGAAGUCUUCGACACCAACGACGAGGACUGGAUCCUCGCCGGUCUGGAUGGCGAGUAUGGCUUUGUUCCGGCCAAUUACAUCGAGCUGCAAGCUGCCGCUCCUGCAAGCGCGCCAGCGCCGCCAGCAGCUCCGGUGCUGCCAAGACGGCCGCCCUCCCAAAGCAUCGCUGCUGCUCCUGAAGAUGAUUCAACGCCGUCUGACGAGGCGCCAGUUGCCAAUCCGGCAGCCGCUCUCGCCAGCGUCAUCCAGAACCGGCAAUCUGUCAGGGAACCUCCGACUUUGCGUUUUAAAGAGCCAGAAGCAUCAGAUGAAGAGUCUAUCAAGUCUCCUGCCUUACCCACGCGACCGCGACCGCAGUCUCAAGCAUAUUCACCACCCGCAGAAUAUACGCCCAGACCUGAGCGAGAGCAAACGACUGAAUCUCAGCCCAAGGGGCACCUUAUCCCUGGUGGAUUUCACUUAUACAAUAUCAACGAGAUGGUCUCAGUCAUGGGCAAGAAGAAGAAGAUGCCAACAACUCUGGGCAUAAAUCUUUUGACUGGCACCAUCUUGAUCGCACCCGAGAGAGCUCAGGACGACCCUCCCCAAGAAUGGACCGCCGAGAAGAUGACCCAUUACUCCCGUGAGGGAAAGCACGUCUUCAUGGAGCUUGUUCGCCCCAGCAAAAGCAUUGAUUUCCACGCCGGAGCUAAAGACACCGCAGAAGAAAUUGUGGCUUCUCUUGGAGAGCUUGCAGGUGCUGCACGAGCAGAGGGGCUGAGAGAAGUAAUCGCGGCUGGGUCUCAAAAGCGACAGAGAAAAGGAACGGUUCUCUAUGAUUUCAUGGCGCAGGGCGAGGACGAAGUCACCGUUGCUGCGGGCGAUGAGGUGGCUAUUAUUGACGAUACAAGGAGCGAGGACUGGUGGCAAGUUCGCCGCCUCAGGAACGGCAAGGAAGGCGUUGUGCCCAGCAGCUAUGUCGAAUUCUCAGGUACUAUUACGCCGCCACCCGAGGGUCAAGCAACAUCAAGGGCCAGAUCAACUGUGGAACAGAAUCGCAUGGAGGAGAUGAGACUCACCAAAGAAGCAAUCAAGGCUAGCAAGGAGCCUCAGCAGGUAGGCCUGGAGAUGCAUUUGCCUAAACGAGGCAGCAGCCUCAUAACUCCGGAUAAUGGUAACAUUUUGGGACAACAGCGGAAUCGACGCGAGAAUGGACGUUCGGAUAGUGGUAGCAAUUCGGCGGGUAAGACAAAACCCGACGUAACCAAAGUGCGGACAUGGACGGAUCGAUCAAAGUCAUUCAGCGUCGAGGCGCAGUUCCUUGGACUCAAAGAUGGCAAGCUACACCUCCACAAGAUGAAUGGUGUGAAAAUUGCUGUACCCAUAGCAAAAAUGUCACACGGGGAUCUCGAAUAUGUUGAGAAUCUCACUGGUAUCUCUUUGGAUGACGAGAGACCACUGGCCGAUGUCAAGCGAUCGAAGCCCCCGGAGCAAAAGAAGGCUUCCGCUGUUGGAGCGUCCAUUGACAAGAAGCCAGAGUACGACUGGUUCCAGUUUUUCUUGUCUUGCGACGUGGCUGUGGGCCUUUGUGAACGCUAUGCUCAGGCAUUCACGAGAGACUCGAUGGAUGAGAGCGUGCUGCCGGAUGUCGAUGCCAGUGUUCUACGGAACCUAGGACUACGAGAAGGAGAUAUCAUUAAAGUCAUGCGUACUCUAGACGCCAAGUUCGGCCGCAGUAAAGCCAACGGCGAUGGCGAUGGCGGUCUCUUCUCAGGCCCAGGGGGCGCUCUGCGGAAUAACACAAGGAAGGGUCGGCCUGCCCCUGCUGUGCAAACUGGCGAUGUGGUUGAUGCGGCAGUUUUCUCGACUAAUAAGGAAGCGUCAAGCUCUGGCGAGACUGCGGCCAAACCGGCAUCUCCUGCAAGCCCGGCAAAAUCACCCAAGCGUCCGACGGCAGGAUUUGACGACGACGCCUGGGAUGUGAAGCCAACGAAGCAGGAGCAGCAGCAGCAAACACAGCCGCAGCCCUCGCCGCCGGCAGACACUCCCGCUGCCAACCCAACGCCAGCGGCAGCUCCAGCUCCAGCGCCUGCUCCUGUGCCUACACCUGCAGCGCUCACUGGAUCUCUGAAGGAGCUCUCUCUAUUGUCAGCGCCACUAGAACCUAGCAAGAUUGAGCCUUCAGCCCAGCCUCCUGCUGCCAAUUUUGGUGGCGAGGAACAGCAAGCGGCAGCAGCAGCACCACCCGCGCAACAACAGCAACAGCUGCUGGGAGCAAGCCCAUCCUUCUUCCAAACAGUCCCACAACCAAACCAAGUUGUUUCGGCUCAACUCCCUCAGCUCACUGGAGUUCACAUCUCUCCAAAGUCUCUAGGAAGACAGCGACCCAUCCCGCCAUCAAUCUCGCCGCCAGUUCAGGGCUCACUCGUCGUGCCGCCGCCACCGCAACGACCUCUCUCCGCUCCGCAGUCUACCCUCCCUCAAGGCAUGUUUGCCGCUCCCACACUCCUCCCCCAAGUCACUGGUCUCGUCCAGGGCCAGGUCGCGCCACCAGGACAAAGCCUGAACGACCUUACUCAAGCUCGGUUCCAACAGCAGUAUAAUGCGCAGAUCCAAAGCUUGCAGCCGCAGUUUACGGGAUAUCCUGGGCCUCAGCCUCAGGGCCUGCAGCAAUUUCCCCAGGGUGCUCCUGGACAGUUUAUACAGCCCCAGUUUACUGGCGCGCCUGGAUAUGUUGACCCAAGCCGAAUAAGCCAGUACGGGGCCCUUCAGCCCCAGCCUACCGGCUUCCAACCUGGCUUAGCACAGUCUCCCUUUGGCUCCGGCAGCAUUAACAACUAUCUGCCACCAGCUCUACAGCCUCAACCGACCGGAUUCCAGAGCAUGCAGCCGCUGCAGCCAACAGGAGGAGCGGAUGGAUUGAAACCAUUGCAGCCGCUUGUACCGCAGAAGACGGGGCCUCCUCCGCCAGUUCGUUUCGGUGUGACUCCCGAGACGAAGAAGCUGGCGCCGCAGGCAACCGGCCGACGGGCCAACCUGGCCCAAGCAACUCCUGAAAACCCGUUCGGUUUCUAGACGGAAGACGGAGGUUUCUAUACUGCGACUUGUUAUAUAUAGCUAAUUACAUAGUCUGAUUUAACACAAGAAGACUACCUGCUUAAAUCUAGCCCUUAUAAUGAGUAGAAAGCUAGAAAUUUUUACUUUAAAAUCUUAUGUAAUUAUAAUAUGAAUAUAUAUUGAUAG